AUGCGAAGGCUGGACAGGGUGCCGGGGCUCGCUGAAGAAGAUGAUGGGGUGCUGGAAGGACUGGAUGAGUUUUUUGCAGAAGAGCAAGUCGCUGUGCAGAAAAAAAAGAAAUCCAAGAAACUGAAAGACAGCAAGGCUGCCAAAAUCAAGAGGAGGAAGAAGGAGGGGAGCAAUGAUGAAAUGUCAGACAAUGAAGAGGAGAUUGAGGAGAAAUCUGAGAGCGAAGGGAGCGACUAUUCCCCCAACAAAAAGAAGAAGAAAAAACUGAAGGACAAAAAGGAGAAAAAACCAAAACGGAAAAAGAAGGAUGAAGAAGAGGAUGACAACGAGGAUGGAGGUCUAAAGGAGCCCAAGAGCUCAGCCCAGCUGAUGGAAGAAUGGGGCCUUGAUGACGUAGAUUACGUUUUCUCAGAAGAAGAUUAUCAUACUCUGACUAAUUACAAGGCUUUCAGCCAGUUUCUCAGGCCUCUGAUCGCCAAGAAGAACCCCAAGAUCCCCAUGUCCAAGAUGAUGACCGUGCUCGGCGCCAAGUGGCGAGAGUUCAGUGCCAACAACCCGUUCAAGGGCAGCUCGGCAGCAGCGGCGGGGGCAGCCCUUUCGCGACCAGGUGUGCGGAAGAAAAUCAAGGGCUCCAAAGACGGGAAGAAAAAGGGGAAGGGGAAAAAGAUGGCAGGCUUGAAAUUCCGAUUUGGAGGAAUCCCCAGCAAAAGGAAAAAGGGCUCCUCUAGCGAAGAGGAGGAACGGGAGGAAUCCGACUUCGACAGUGCCAGCAUCAACAGCUCCUCAGUCCGCUCCGAGUGCUCGGCUGGCCUGGGGAAGAGAGGGAAGAGGAGGAGAAAGAAAAAGAGGAUUGAAGAAGGGGACGGGUACGAGACAGACCACCAGGACUACUGCGAGGUGUGCCAGCAGGGAGGGGAGAUCAUCCUCUGCGACACCUGUCCUCGCGCCUACCACCUCGUCUGCCUGGACCCUGAGCUGGAGAAGGCCCCCGAGGGCAAGUGGAGCUGCCCCCACUGCGAGAAGGAGGGCAUCCAGUGGGAGCCGAAGGAGGAGGAGGAGGAAGAAGAGGAAGGUGGUGAGGAGGAGGAGGAUGACCACAUGGAGUUCUGUCGGGUCUGUAAGGAUGGAGGGGAGCUGCUGUGCUGCGACACCUGCCCGUCCUCCUACCACCUCCACUGCCUGAACCCGCCGCUGCCGGAAAUACCAAACGGUGAAUGGCUCUGCCCUCGCUGUACAUGCCCUCCCUUGAAGGGCAAAGUCCAACGCAUCCUGCACUGGGCCUGGAAAGAGCCGCCGGCCACCCCGCUCCCACCCGUGCUGCCCACCCCAGAUGCGGAGCUGGCUCUUCCCCCCGCAAAGGUGCUGGAGGGGAUCCCGGAGCGCGAGUUCUUCGUGAAGUGGGCAGGCCUCUCCUACUGGCACUGCUCCUGGGUCAAGGAGCUGCAGCUGGAGCUCUACCACACCGUGAUGUACCGCAACUACCAACGGAAGAACGACAUGGAUGAGCCGCCAGCCUUCGACUACGGCUCCGGGGACGAGGACAGCCAGAGAGAGAAGCGGAAGAACAAAGACCCGCAGUACGCCAAGAUGGAGGAGCGGUUCUACCGCUAUGGCAUCAAGCCUGAGUGGAUGAUGAUCCAUCGCAUUCUGAACCACAGCUUUGAUAAAAAGGGAGACAUCCAUUACCUGAUCAAGUGGAAAGACCUGCCGUAUGAUCAGUGCACCUGGGAGAUCGACGAGAUAGACAUCCCAUACUACGAAAACCUCAAACACCUCUACUGGAACCACAGGGAGCUGAUGCUGGGGGAGGACACGCGCCCUCUGAAGAAGCUGAACAAGAAAGGGAAAAAGCUGAAAGAGGAGAAGCUGGAAAAGCCUCCAGAAACGCCUCUCGUGGAUCCUACAGUGAAGUUUGACAAGCAGCCGUGGUACAUCGACGCCACGGGAGGCACGCUCCAUCCUUACCAGCUGGAAGGGCUAAACUGGCUGAGAUUUUCCUGGGCCCAAGGGACGGAUACAAUCCUGGCCGACGAGAUGGGGCUGGGGAAGACUGUGCAGACUAUUGUGUUCUUGUAUUCCCUGUACAAGGAGGGCCACUCGAAAGGGCCGUAUCUGGUCAGCGCCCCUCUCUCCACCAUCAUCAACUGGGAGCGCGAGUUUGAGAUGUGGGCACCCGACUUCUAUGUCGUGACCUACACGGGGGACAAAGAAAGCCGGUCGGUCAUCCGGGAAAAUGAGUUUUCUUUUGAAGACAAUGCCAUCCGGAGUGGAAAGAAGGUCUUCCGGAUGAAGAAGGAAGCCCAGAUCAAGUUCCAUGUGCUGCUCACCUCCUACGAGCUGAUCACUAUUGACCAGGCAGUGCUGGGCUCCAUAGAGUGGGCCUGUCUGGUGGUGGAUGAAGCGCACAGGCUGAAGAACAACCAGUCCAAAUUCUUUAGGGUAUUAAAUAGCUACAAGAUCGAUUACAAGCUGCUGCUCACUGGGACUCCGCUCCAGAACAACUUGGAAGAGCUCUUCCACCUGCUCAAUUUCCUGACUCCUGAGAGGUUUAAUAACCUGGAGGGGUUCCUGGAGGAGUUUGCAGACAUCUCCAAGGAGGACCAGAUCAAAAAGCUCCAUGAUCUGCUGGGUCCCCACAUGCUGCGGCGGCUCAAGGCAGACGUGUUCAAGAACAUGCCAGCCAAGACGGAGCUGAUCGUGAGAGUGGAACUGAGCCAGAUGCAGAAGAAGUACUACAAGUUCAUACUGACGAGGAAUUUCGAAGCCCUGAAUUCAAAAGGUGGUGGGAACCAGGUCUCACUGCUCAACAUCAUGAUGGACCUGAAGAAGUGCUGUAAUCACCCGUACCUCUUUCCCGUGGCGGCGGUGGAGGCCCCGGUUCUGCCCAAUGGGUCCUAUGAUGGGAAUUCUUUGGUCAAAUCUUCUGGGAAACUGAUGCUGCUCCAAAAGAUGCUGAAGAAAUUACGGGAUGGGGGUCACAGAGUUCUGAUCUUUUCCCAGAUGACAAAGAUGCUGGACUUGCUGGAGGAUUUCCUGGAGUACGAAGGCUACAAGUACGAGCGGAUAGAUGGGGGCAUCACCGGCGGCCUGCGCCAGGAGGCCAUAGACAGGUUUAACGCUCCUGGUGCUCAGCAGUUCUGCUUUCUCCUCUCUACCCGCGCCGGCGGUCUGGGCAUAAACCUUGCUACGGCCGACACAGUCAUUAUUUAUGAUUCUGACUGGAAUCCCCACAAUGACAUCCAGGCGUUCAGCAGAGCUCACCGCAUUGGGCAGAACAAGAAGGUGAUGAUCUACCGCUUUGUGACCAGAGCCUCCGUGGAAGAGCGCAUCACCCAGGUGGCCAAAAGGAAGAUGAUGCUCACCCACUUGGUGGUCCGCCCAGGGCUCGGCUCCAAGUCAGGCUCCAUGACCAAGCAAGAGCUGGACGACAUCCUCAAGUUUGGGACAGAGGAGCUCUUCAAGGACGAUGUAGAAGGCAUGGUGUCUCAGGGACAGCGGAUCGCCAUGCCGGAUGCUGUCACCCCUUUCUCUGACACGAUGUCAACCAAAGGGGGUACAGUGACUCCCGGUGUUAAAAAAAAGCAUGGUGGCACCCCACCAGGUGACAAUAAGGACGUGGAUGACAGCAGUGUGAUCCACUACGACGAUGCUGCCAUCUCGAAGCUUCUGGACCGAAACCAGGAUGCGACUGAUGAUACGGAGCUGCAGAACAUGAACGAGUAUCUCAGCUCCUUUAAAGUGGCCCAGUAUGUUGUGAGAGAAGAGGACGGUGUGGAGGAGGUGGAACGUGAGAUCAUCAAGCAAGAGGAGAAUGUGGACCCUGACUACUGGGAGAAGCUGCUGCGGCACCACUAUGAGCAGCAGCAGGAAGAUCUGGCCAGGAACUUGGGGAAAGGGAAGAGAAUCCGCAAGCAGGUCAACUACAACGAUGCCUCGCAGGAGGACCAAGAGUGGCAGGACGAGCUCUCUGACAACCAGUCGGAGUACUCCAUUGGCUCUGAGGAUGAGGAUGAAGACUUUGAAGAGAGGCCAGAAGGUCAGAGUGGCAGAAGACAAUCCCGGAGACAGCUGAAGAGUGACCGGGACAAGCCUCUCCCUCCUUUGCUGGCAAGAGUUGGGGGGAAUAUCGAGGUUCUCGGCUUCAACGCCCGCCAGCGCAAGGCUUUCCUGAACGCUAUCAUGCGCUGGGGCAUGCCACCCCAGGACGCCUUCAACUCUCACUGGCUGGUCCGGGAUCUGCGAGGGAAGAGUGAGAAGGAGUUCAGGGCGUACGUCUCUCUCUUCAUGAGACAUUUGUGUGAACCUGGGGCAGAUGGUGCCGAAACCUUUGCGGACGGCGUUCCCCGGGAAGGGCUGUCACGGCAGCAUGUGCUGACUCGCAUAGGAGUCAUGUCACUAGUAAGGAAGAAGGUCCAGGAGUUUGAGCAUGUCAAUGGGAAGUACAGCACCCCGGAUCUGAUUCUCGAGGGCCCGGAGAGCAAGAAGUCCAGCGAGAUUGUGUCUUCAGAUCCCAACACCCCCGUCCCGGCCAGCCCAGCACAUAUGCACAUGGGACCUGGGGCCCUUGCAGACAAAACAGAACUUGGGUUCCAGGAGGAGAAGGACCAAGUGGAGCAGAAGGCCAGGAAGGUGUCUGACAGCCAGGUGCCUGUGAGCGCUGAGAAGGCGGAAGGCGAAGAGCACCCAGAAAGCUGCGACAGCAAAGAGAGGCUGAGGGAAGAGAAGCAAGAGGAGAGUGAAAAGGCUGAGCCUUCUCCCGAGCCUCUGGUGAAAGAUGAGGGGAUUCAAGAGGAAGAGAAGCCUUUGGAGAAGCCAGAGUUGAACAGCAGCCCAGGGAAAGGGGAGGACAAAAAAGUCAAACUAGAGGAUGCCAAGGUGGAGGAGAAGGAGCAAAGCGAGGCUCAGCAAAACGGUGACAAAGAGGAAGAGGAGGAUGGAAAGAAGGAUGACAGAAACAUGAACUUCCGAUUCAUGUUCAACAUCGCUGACGGUGGCUUUACAGAGCUGCACACGCUGUGGCAGAACGAGGAAAGGGCUGCCAUCUCCUCCGGCAAGAUCUACGACAUCUGGCACCGCCGACACGACUACUGGCUGUUGGCAGGAAUUGUCACUCAUGGCUAUGCCCGCUGGCAGGACAUCCAGAACGACCCGCGCUACGUGAUCCUGAACGAGCCGUUCAAGUCGGAGAUACACAAGGGGAACUACCUCGAGAUGAAGAACAAGUUCCUUGCGCGGCGGUUCAAGUUGCUGGAGCAGGCCCUGGUGAUCGAGGAGCAGCUGCGGAGGGCUGCGUACCUCAACAUGACCCAAGACCCCAGUCACCCGGCCAUGGCAUUGAACGCCCGUCUGGCUGAAGUGGAGUGCCUUGCCGAGAGCCACCAGCAUCUCUCCAAAGAGUCCCUGGCUGGGAACAAGCCUGCCAACGCCGUCCUGCACAAGGUGCUGAACCAGCUCGAGGAGCUGCUGAGCGACAUGAAGGCCGACGUGACGCGCCUGCCCUCCAUGCUGUCCCGCAUCCCGCCCGUGGCCGCCCGGCUGCAGAUGUCCGAGCGGAGCAUCCUCAGCCGCCUGGCCACCCGCGGCGGGGACCCUGCCGUCCAGCAGGGCUCCUUCGGCUCCUCCCAGAUCUACAGCAACAACUUCGGGCCGAAUUUCCGAGGUCCCGGGCCGGGUGGGAUUGUCAACUACAGUCAGAUGCCUCUGGGACCGUACGUGACCGAUAUUUAG